AAAGUCUUGUUCGCUCUCUUCUACAACGACAUACAAUUCAAGUGUCGUUGAGUUGAAGUGCUCGAUCGAUUUUGUUCUGCCUCAAGAUACCCCACCGCUACCUGGCCGACAUGACUGGACACUGCUAAUGCGCGAAAAGGACUCGGAGUACACUUUUAGCGGAAUGUACCGGUCGGAAAUGAGAUAUCGGAUCAGACGUAUUGAACACCUGGUGAUUAAUAGCUCUAGGCCCCGACAAUAGUCCUUGGCUAUAUAUCUAGUCUGCCGAAACUGGUUUAGCGUCUUCAGAGUGCCCGUUAUGUACCUCACACUCCCCUCACUCUUGGAAUCUUCAAUUAGUAAUGAGUUUCCCUCUCUUCAGCAGAUUAUUUCAAGUGCAACUGUCUUAAAUAUGAGUUAUGAGAAAUCAUCAUGAAGAAUACCAUCGCAGAAGCUAAACAUAAUCUGGAUUACGGCCAAAGCUGCCUGCCUCAUCCCAUCUCAACGUCGGGGUAGGGAAGAUUGCCCGGUCCCCCCUCGGGACUUCAAGUGAAUCACGUUUUAAUUGCAUCGAUAAGUAUUCUGGCACCGAAAUACUCUCGCUGGUAGCGUACAUCUUCUGGCAAGGUCUAUUAUAUCGUCCUGGUGGAAUUCACUCUUAGCAUCCCGAGUCUACUUUCGGCCCUGGAGCACAGAGAGAAAGAAUAGAAUCAAAAAGCUUACUUCAAAAAGUAAUACUCUGUAGGAUGACAAUGGAAACGAUCGCUCUUGUCAAAAUCUAUCGUUAAUCUCCGUCCACUCAAGGUCAACGCUACGGUGAGUUUCAAGUAUGCCUCGCAUUUGAUGAACGGUAACGUAUUCGAUUUUUAAUAGCGCUUUAUUCCAGCCUUUGCUGGCAUAGAAAUAGGCUUUGAUGAAAUGGACCACAAUGGGCAAUGAGUCAAGGCAUAGCUGCAUGGUAAAUUUAAGUUAUUUAGUUAUAUGGUGCUAGAUCACAUAUCGAUAGACUAACAAGACCGAUGAAUAUAUCUUUGGACCAGAUAAUUGUCCUAAUAAACGUGAAAGUGGAACUUCGUUACUAUUCAAGAUUCAUUGCCUUCAGUUCCUUCAGUGAUGGCUGAAUGUUUCUUCUUAACUUUCUUACCAUCCUGCACAUGAGGUCAUCAAAUUCUUCCCCGCAAUUUCUUUACUUCGGGGCCCCAGAUGCCCCUGACUCUGACUAAUAAAAGGUCAUUUUGGGCCCGAAGAAAGAUAGCUAAUACUAGGCUGUAUCUUUUCUUCGCUGAAUGCGGAUUUAACACUUAACUCCUGGCUAGGAUGUAGCACGUUACAUCUUGUACAUUAGUUGUCAAUUCUUGUGUGAUCUCAACAGCUCCCCACUCUCUCGGCCUGCCGGAAUCUUUUCCUGUUACAAUCUGCUCACGAAUAUUCGUGAAACUUCGCUCGGUUUCCACCGUCCGCUUCGCUAAAGCACCGAGUUCAAGCCCUUAUUCUUUCCCCUGCCGAUCAGAUCCGUGAAGUGGACUAAGUGGGUUCCAAUAAGAGAAAACUUUUUCUCGUCGACGAGCACUUGAUAUAUGAUCUACUCCCGAGCGACCCGCCAAUUAGAAGCCGAAAAUCCGGUUCGUCUUGGGCUGGCAACCCACCAAUCACAAAGCUCAGACUACGGCUGCUCCCGUCGGGGUGCUGACGAGUUUUGCGUGGCCUCGCCUUUUCUUGACAAAUCCGAAGCUUCCGCCCAGGGGAUAUGUAGGGUCAAUCCGACGGUUCGAUCCACUCAGGAUCUUGAAAAGAUAUAGGUGUCGUGCACGUUAUGCAGGUCUAUACAAAGGUACCGACCGAAAUAGCGACUCACUGCUAGCAUCCCUAGGUUGCCAAUAACAUGCCAAAUCUCGGUUCAUCGGGAUCCCAAGCGGCACGAAAAGUGGAUCCGAGCCAAGGGCCAGUCAAUAAUAGGGAAGUGGUCGACUGACAGAGGUCCUUCGAGAAGGCUUGCACAUGAGUAAUAAGGGCUCCCCCCUCCAAAAACGACCAGGCCUUGGAAAUCUAGAAUUGACCUCCUCCCUUGCUUCUUGUAAAUGCCUCGGAGCUGAGUGCUCGGUCUAACUCGUUCCUUUGUCUCGCCCAUCUUCUCCCCUUGACCGAGGGGAGGGAGAAAGAAAGAGGUUUGACAGAGGCUUCUUACCUGAAGAGUACUGUACACAGUUUAUUCUUCAAGAUUGAUUGUCAAAUUAUUUGAUCUCAUAGAGAAGGAAAAGAAGCUCGUAUGAGCUACCCGUAUUCUUCCCCCUCCCCCCCUCCUUUUCCGCCCUCCUACCAAGAAGUUAUGUGGUGGUGGUUUGUAUUUAGGGCUCGAAUCCCCACCGGUCAGCGCAUCUACAAAUCCCGCCCGUUCAUUGGCGGCAUCUCAAACCGAAGCAAAAGUGUCGCACUGGCAAUUAAUCGCGACGAUGCUCAACCACCCUCGUAGUCGCGUAAUUUUUUGCUAUAGCCUCACUUACAGACUGCGUCCAUGACCGGCAAACGAUCAGGAAAACAACCAUCGAAAUCACCAGGGGAAGGUGUGUCCGGGCAAAAUGAAGAAUCGACGGCGCUGCCAGAGCCGCAUAGUGCCCCUGCAACGCCGAAUCGGACUUCGAUUCAGGAUAGACCGUCGACGUGGGGAGCAUCGAGAACUUCCAACUCCACGCCCGCUCUAGGAUCCUCGCAGAAUGUGCAAAAUGCGUCCAAUGCUAAAGUGGCGAUUCCUCGCCAACCACCAAAUAAUCAUGCACCCCGCUACAAUCGACGGGUCCCGCGGGCCUGUGAGUCGUGUAGACAGCGGAAAACGAAAUGCAGCGGCGAUACCCCGAUAUGUCGACAAUGUCGUGAGCUGAGAAUCAACUGUCAUUACCCCGUGGGUUGGAGAGAAAAGAUGAAAAAGGAUGUGGACAAGCUCAAUGCUGAGAUUCAAGACUAUGAAAACUUCGUCAUUGCCCUACGCAGUACCACCGAGCCUCGAACGGCCGAAUGGAUUAAAAGCUUGCUGGACAAGCAUGGGUUGAAAGGAGAUCAUUACUUCGACAAUACUCAAUCUCGUCUGUCGACGCCGCAGAAUGAGAUGGACGCCGAUGAGCGGUCACCUCUCUCAUCUCUUGGCUCGCUAGAAGCUAUUGAUCGAGUAGAGGAGGAUCUCAAUCGGACAGAGCAUACGCGAGCCACGGGUUUUAUGGGUAAAAGCUCGGAAAUCUCUUGGAUGCAACGUGUUCAAAGAGAAGCCGAGCAACGGGCUCAAGGGUAUGCUGGAAUUAUGGAAUCUAAUCAGGAUAAGAACGAAGACGCACGAGACGGAUUCUCGCUUCAUGCACUCAACUAUCAUCUGGACGACCUAGACAUCUCCGUCGCCGAACCGGUGGAACGAUACGACAUGCCCCCUCGACAUCUAGCCGAUCGGCUUUUCAACGACUAUCUGGACACGGUACACCCUUUCUUCCCUAUCAUCAGCAAACCGCUCUUCCGCGCUCAAUACCAGACCUUUUUCGACAGCUUCGCUAGGCCCAAUGCUCCCCGACCGGGUGAUAAGUGGCUUGCCAUUUUGAAUAUCAUCUUUGCCAUUGCGGCCAAGCAUGCUCACCUCAUCAAUGCUCCGUGGCGAGGGGUUUGCGAUGAUCAUUUGGUAUAUAUGACCCGGGCUCGAUUACUCAGUCUCAAUUCCGAGGUUCUGUUCAGUCAUCCGGACCUUCAGCAAGUUCAGGUCGAGAGCUUGAUUGCAUUCUACCUGCUUGCAUCGGAUCAAAUCAAUAGGGCAUGGAGAAUCUCUGCUCUGGCGGUUCGAUCUGCCAUCACCCUCGGAAUCAACCUGAAGAACAACAGCUCCGUGACCCCCAACAUCUCCAAGGAAGCUCGGUACCGAGUCUGGUGGUGUCUCUAUUCCUUCGAACACAUGCUAGGUAUCAUGACCGGCCGAGCCAUCUAUACUCUCGACGGCGGAUACGCAACACCCCUACCCCUUCCCUUCGAAGAAGAACAAUUACAAGAAGACCCCACGGCCAUCGAAAUGCUGAAUAGCCCCUCUUUGAGAGAUGAGCUGAUCAACAACAUCAUGUCGAGUAGGGUGAUCCGACAAGCGGGCGGCCGUGAAGAUCCCCAAAAGUCUAGACCUCGAGACCAAUCGUGGCUUAAAAAACUUCCGCCUAAUUUUGGACUUUGCUAUCUCUUUCAUUGUGAUUUGACAAUCAUCACUCAAGAGAUUGUUAACAAGGUCUACUCGACCAACUGUGUCACGCUGACAUGGUCAGAGAUUGAGACCCGACUCGAUGAACUCCGGGCUCGUAUCGACGCCUGGCAGUCAAGCCUUCCACCCGUGAUUGACUUUACCAAGGAUGAGGCCGAUGAUACCCCAGAUCAACUUCGCUGCAAAUUGAUCUUGGCAUUUCAUUACUAUAGCGCGCGGAUUACUCUUGGCCGACCUUGCCUUUGCCGACGCGAUGCACGUCAGCAAAACUCCCAACAAACUUUCAGCCAUAUGAUGGCUCUGAUCACCCUCGACUCGGCUUCACGCUUACUUGGUCUGCUUCCCGACGAACCAGACGUCCUCCAACUCUUCCAAAUCUGUCCUUGGUGGUGUGUGCUCCGCUAUCUCAUGCAGGCGACAACGGUCAUCCUUCUCGAGCUGUCCUUCGGCAGCGUCCAUAUACCAGAGGACGAAGAGCGGUUCGUGGGAUUAGCGAAAAAGUCAAUACGCUGGUUCCACGCCAUGUCCGAUCGCAGCAUCGGUUCCCGACGGGCCUGGCAACUGUGCGACUCCAGUUUCCGGAAACUGGCCAGCGGCAUGAAAUACACCACCAACGAUCUCCCAUCACAUCCACGACCGCAAGAGCGUUUCGCCAACGAGCAUAAUAUGCCUUCUUCUUCCUCCUCCUUCCACCAUGGAGGACACUCCUCCCACGAUUAUUUCACGCAUCGCCCGGAAGAAAUCAGUCCCUUCUUACACCGUCCCACCCCGGUACAAGACGGCGGCGAUGUCUGGACGAAUUACUUCAACCUCCCCACUCCCGAUCUGAUGUGGCCACUUUCAGGCCCGGGUGAAAUCACUGAAGAUUCUUAUUUCCCCUAUGACCCUCUCAGCGAAGAGUUCAUCCGGUCUUUCUUUCCUUCCUCGGACGAGGAAAAUAGAGGACCGCGAUGAUCCGCCCGGCGAGAAUUGAGAAAGGAAAGCAAACGACCAUCCUUCUCUUGCAUUUCAUCGGCAUUUCCAUCAUACAAGGAUCGCUAGUCGAUUCCCAUAGAUCUGAUAUCAUCAGCAUGCCUCUAUUCUUGUUUCCGCAAAAAGUCAACUCUUAGCGCAUUAGCACAGUCCUCGAAUGAGGAUCGCAUUUGCAUAGCCAA